AAAUUCCAUACAGCUACAAAUUUUCCCCAUCGAACUAUUAGUCUGUACUUGAGAUCUAACCAAGAGAGAAAGUCUUCUGAACAAAAUUAAAGUAAACCCAACCCCCAAAUUUUCCACCUAGCAAAAUCGCACACGUACAGCACACACUGACUCCGAUUACCAUAUAAUUUUUUUUUUUCCGAUCUGAUCUGGUGACAAUGAGGCGGCGCCACUCAGUAUCCGGCGGCGGCAGUCGUGAUUGAAAUGCAGUCGGGUGAUAAUCCACCGGCACUGCCAUUUCCACUGAGUCCUUUACUGCUAUUGAAUGCCAUUGGAGGCGAUUUGGGAGAGGGAGGGUUUGAAUUGUCCAGGUAUUUGUUCCUAGGAUCGCUGCUCUUGUCCAGAGAAGCAGGCGGCAUGGACUUGUCCAAGGUCGGAGAGAAGAUCUUCAGCUCCGUUCGCUCCGCUCGCUCCCUUGGCCUCCUUCCUCCACCGCCGGAACGCCCUGAGGUUCCAGCCCGAGCUGCAGCAGCAGCAGCUGUAGCCCGUGUGCUUGCUGGACUACCUCCACAUCAGAGGCAUAAUCUUUCUUCAAGCUCUGAAGAACUAAGUUCAAUAUAUGGGACAAGAACUGAAGGUGAAGCUGUGGAUGAGCUUGAGAAGGAAUUCUAUGAAGAGGACUUUGAUCCCGUUAGACAUAUUUUAGAACAAGUUCCCUCCGAAGAAAAUGAACCAGCAUAUUUCGAGGAAAAGGCUACUCUUCGACUAGCACAACUGGAUAGAAUUUCUGAGCGCCUGUCACGCCAUGUUAUGGAACAUCAUGAAAAAAUGGUGAAGGGGAUGAAUCUGGUAAGAGAACUGGAGAAGGACUUGAAGAUUGCAAAUGUUAUUUGCAUGAAUGGGCGAAGACAUCUUACCUCAUCAAGGAAUGAGGUCUCUAGGGAUCUCAUCGUUACAGAAAGUUCCAAAAAGAAGCAAGCCCUUCUGGACAUGCUCCCCAUCCUAACUGAGCUUCGCCAUGCAGUGGAUAUGCAAGCUGCUCUCGAAACUUGUGUUGAGGAAGGGAAUUUCUCUAAGGCUUUUCAAGUACUAUCUGAAUAUUUGCAACUUCUAGAUGGUUUGUCAGAGCUUUCUGCAGUCCAAGAGCUGAGCCGUGGUGUUGAGGUUUGGUUGGGCAAAGCUCUUCAAAAGUUGGAUUCUCUUCUAUUAGAAGUGUGCCAGGACUUCAAAGAGGAUGGAUUUCUCACUGUGGUUGAUGCGUAUGCAUUAAUUGGUGAUGUGCCUGGUCUAGCUGAAAAGAUACAAAGCUUCUUCAUGCAGGAGGUUCUCUCUGAAAGUCACUCUGCAUUGAGGACCUCUUUGCAAGAGGAUGUUGAAAAUCCCAAUACACAAACUUCUAGGCUUACCUACAGUGAUUUGUGCACUCGGAUACCCGAAUCCAAGUUCAGACAGUGUCUGCUUGCAGCGCUAGCUGUUCUCUUUAAGCUGAUGUGUUCAUAUGACGCAAUAACGAGCUUCCAACUUGAAGAUGAAGUGUUACCCUUCCACAGUGGCGAGCAAGAUGGUAAUCUAUCUGGGGUCUCUGAGGAUCCUGUCAGAGAAGUUUCUUCUACUUUUAUGGCAGAAGAUGGCUCAGUCCCUGCAUCAACUGAGAGAGGACCUCCUUUGUCCUCACUCGAGAUCCCGCCAAAAAGUUCUGUAUCUAUUCCUGAUACCACAGGAAUCCAUGACGCCAAGCUUGCAGAUCAUGCAAUUUUCGAAGGAAGAGAUGAUGGGAGUGCAGCAUCAAGCAGUGGAUCUCCUUGGUUCUUACUGCGCAAAGAUGCGGUUACUUUUGUUUCACAUGCCUUACACAGGGGUCGGAGAAACCUUUGGCAACUUACAACAAGCCGUGUAGCAGUCUUGCUUUCUUCUUCAGCAGUUUCUUCGACUAGCAUUCAUCAGUUUUUGAGAAACUAUGAAGAUCUGAGUAUCUUCAUUCUGGCUGGGGAAGCAUUUUGCGGGAUAGAGGCUGCUGAGUUCCGCCAGAAACUUAAAUCCAUUUGUGAAGCUUAUUUUUCUGCUUUCCAUCGGCAGAAUAUUUAUGCCUUAAAAAUGGUGAUGGAGAAGGAGAAUUGGCAGAUAAUGCCGCUAGACACAAUUCAAGUAGUUAGUUUUCCUGGACUGGUUGGAGAUGGAGCAGCUCUCAUUGUUUCAUCUGAUAGAUCUCCCAGUUCCAGAUCGCAUGACAGUAGAUCAGUUCGUCCAGUAGUUAGUGGGUCAAAGAGGGGUGGAUUUUUUUAUUGGCAGGAACACGGAAACCCAUUUUCAUCAAAAUUGAAUGGCAGUUCUGAGGAGUAUUCUGAUUCCCUUCAUUCCAACGGUUUGACCUCACAAGGAUCGGGAAAUACUGAUAAGAUAGGCCGGCAUGCUAAAUCCUCUCCAAAAAGUGGUGAUGUGAACCAUGUUAAUGGGACUACUCUUUCAGAAGAUGAAAAUGAAGAUCUACAUGCAGAUUUUAUUGAUGAAGAUAGUCAGCUUCCUAGUCGUAUUUCAAAACCAAGUCAUUCAAGGCAUAACUCUUUACGUACAAAUGAUGAAGAUAUGACAGCACAAACAGGAUCUUCCCUUAGUAUCUUAAGAUUGAUGGACAAAUAUGCGAGACUGAUGCAGAAAUUAGAGAUUGUCAAUGUGGAGUUUUUUAAGGGAAUAUGCCAGUUGUUUGAGAUAUUUUUCCACUUUGUAUUCGAGUCUUUCUGUGAGCAUAAUGUCCAACCUAGUGGAAAAGGCUUGAAUCCUUACAAGCUAAAGAAUGCAUUAUCAAGAAUAUCACAAGAUUGUGACCAGUGGAUAAAAUCUCAGUCUACAUCAUUUUCUUCUUCGUCCCCGACAUCUUUGAGUGCGUCAUUCUCUCACAUGGACGUCACCCCGACCAGUCCUCCUAGUCACUUGAAUCACACAUCAUUUGGGCUGAAGGAAAGAUGUGCUGGCGCUGACACUAUAUCUCUUGUUGCUAAAUUAUUGCAUAGAUCUAAAGCCCAUCUUCAGUCAAUGCUUCUUCAGAAAAAUGGAGCAGUAGUUGAGGAUUUUUAUGCGCAUUUGGUUGAUGCUGUUCCGGAACUAACUAUGCAGAUUCAUAGAACAACGGCAAAACAGCUACUCCACAUCAAUGGGUACGUUGAUCGCGUUGCCAAUGCUAAAUGGGAGGUGAAGGAGCUUGGAUUAGAGCAUAACGGGUAUGUUGAUUUACUACUCGGAGAAUUUAAGCACUACAAAACAAGGCUUGCUCACGGGGGUAUUUCUAAAGAGGUUCAAGAUCUCCUCUUAGAAUAUGGGCUUGAAAAUGUUGCUGAAACUCUCAUCGAGGGCCUAUCUAGGGUAAAGAGGUGUACCGAUGAAGGGCGCGCCCUCAUGUCUCUGGAUCUUCAGGUUUUAAUAAAUGGCCUUAAGCAUUUUGUCUCAUUCGACGUAAGACCAAAAUUGCAGAUCGUUGAAACUUUUAUCAAGGCUUACUACCUUCCAGAAACCGAAUAUGUCCAUUGGUCGCGCGUCCAUCCGGAAUAUAGUAAAAGCCAAAUUGUUGGGCUAGUCAACCUUGUUGCCACAAUGAAAGGCUGGAAAAGAAAAACUAGGUUGGAAGUGUUGGAAAAGAUAGAGUGAUCUUUCCCCAAACUGACUUUUGACCUUUGGAAGAGUUUCGUGGUUCGUUUUCUUCUCUCUUUUUCCUAUUUUAUAUUAUCCUUGUAAAUUGGAUUCCUUGUUUCCAUUUUUUUUACAUCAUCGAUUUUAGAGUUUGUAUAUCGUCUCCUUUUGUGUGUAAUAUAUAUCAACGAAUGUAAUUUUGAAUUAUAACGUGUUGUAAGUGCGGUUCUUACAAUGAGGGUAUGUAGUUCCCAUAAUUGAGUUCCUUAUUUAUUUACUUCUACCGGAGUUUUCCCAACUGACUGCAUUUUGCUCUCUGUUUACAUUCGGACACUAUUUGGAUCGAAGGAUUUGGAUUUAUACAUCUCAAAUUAAUAAUAAUAAAUUUGUG